AUGAGCAACACCCCUUCUAAUACAUCACAGGCAUCUCGAGACAAUAUUUCACAUUCAACUACAUCACCAGAAACAUCAAGGGAUGAAAAAGAAAUGAAAGCAAAAAACAAUAUCAAAACAGAAUCUGCAGAAAGCUCAGCAGCAGCAACAUUAGGUUCAAUGGGUACAGCAAGAGACCAUCUUCAUUCACAAUUUCCACCAUCGACACCAGGUCCGAUCCCAACACAUUUGACCUCUUCCUUCGGAGGUACUGCUCGACAUGCUCAGCCUCAAGGUACACCACAGGUGACAGCACCAGCGUCAACCCUGUUUGGAUAUUGUCAACCUUUGCAACAGUUACAUCCAAUACAGCAGUACCAACAUCUCAACCAAGCCCCGUCACAGCCACAAGCAUCGUCACCAUCUCCAAUACCCCCAGUAGCACAUUCACCCACUGCUACAAACACAAGUCAUACGCCUGAUCAAAAUGGUGCAUCAAGACAACGAAUGAGGGUUGUGAAAGCCUGUGAUCGUUGUCGUAGCCACAAAAUCAAAUGUUCAGGAGAGUGUCCCUGCGCCACUUGUUUAAAACAGGCAAAAGAGUGUACUUUCAGUAACAAGGUAUUUCAGAAAAGAACGAAAGGCACAGAAUUACCAGAACAAAAGCGUGCCAAAUUUGCUGAACCAUUUGGGUUACCCGAAGUUAAAAAAGAUGACCAACAAGAGUACAUUAAUCAUUUGGAAAAUAGAGUACAUUAUCUUGAGAGUUUAUUAACAAACAGUACAACAGACACUUUUAAAACUCCGCUUUCAAAUGAACCUGAAAGUGAGUUUGUCACUGAGACAUUGUUUUGUACCAGUUCAAAAUGGAGAUUUUCCAGACGGCAUCAAAAUUUGCUUAUUGCUGAAUUGUGCAGAUCAAUGUAUUCUAAUUUAUCUGAGGAACUGAAACAAUUAGUCACACUUCCCAGAUACCAAUAUUUUGGCUGGAACAUGUCUGGUGUCAAAUAUGUUACAAGUGAAGAGUUGCCUCCAUUGCCUGAUCUUGGGGCGAAACUUGAUUCCAAGUUUUUAACUAAAUAUUAUUUUGAAGAAAUCAACCCUUUAUUUGCUAUUCUCCAUGAAACUGUGUUCAAAGAACAAAUUGGAGCAUACGAGAAGUUACUUAGAGACCAAAUAAUGUUGCAUAAAGACGAUCAUGAUUCGAAAGGUAAUCAAACAAGAUUAUUUAGUGCCAUGCUUUAUCUCGUUUAUGCCUUGGCAAUAAGGUUUAGUGAAAUUCUGAAACCAAAGAACCCCAGUAUUGAAAUGUUGCAACUUGAAGAGAAACUUUUUAAAUAUGGUUAUAAAGUCAUUUCCAUACUCAGUUUUGAAUGGGAAUCAUUUGAAUUGAUACAAGGGUGGUUGUUGAUUACUCUUUAUCUUAGAGUCACCCAUAGACAAACAUCCUGUUCUCAUGCAUUGGGGCAAGCUAUGGAUAUGGUAAAAUCUAUGGGUCUUGGAUUUGCCCAUGAUAAUGCUAAAUUUUAUUCAUCAACAGCUUAUGAACGCUUAAAAGCCAAAAGAAUAUUUUGGUGCGUAUUUACAUUUGAUCGUGUGUUUGGGUUGCAAACUGGUCGAUAUUGUGGCAUUCGAGAUGAAGAUUUUAAUAAUGAAUUCCCGGGCUUUGAUUUUAAACACGAAACUGAAAAAGACGAUUGGUUGACUUUACCAGCAUUGGGAUUAAUUCAUAUUGCUCGAGUUUCUAACUUUGUUCAUACAGCAUCUACAGAUAAUCCUCAUUUGAUUAAAUAUCAACAAGUAAAUGCAGAAUUGGUUAAAUUACACGAAUGGUUUAAUGCAAACGGGUUCCGAAAUGACUUGUUUUUCAAUAAAAAGAAUGAUUCUAGUUCUUUGGUUAAGGCACAAGUGAAGUUACAUUAUUAUGACUUGGUUCUUUGUAUUCAUAGCAAGAUUUUAUUUAACUAUAUUGGUAGAAGAAUCGCUAGUCAUGGAUUAAAAGUCGAGAUGGUGAUUGAUGCUUGUAAUGGGGUAAUUGAAGUUUUGGACAAAACCAACAAGGCAGGGUUGUUGUAUACUCCUUGGUAUUCUGUUUUACUUUUGUUGUUUAAUGUUGGGGUCAAUGCAAUUACAUUGAUUAAUGGUGGGGCUUUUGUUGAACAAGCUCGUGAAGUUUUGAAAAAUACCAUGAGAUUAUUAACCAUACUACGUAAGUCCCCUAUUAGAAAUGAGCAGAAUAAGUUGGUGUUCAGAGAGAGAUUUAAAAUGGUCAGAGAAUGUAUAUGGGCGUUGAAAAUGGCCAAUAGGAUUUUGACAUUGAGAUUACAGGAAGAUAUCAGUGUAUUGAAUAGCAUUGGGGUUGAUCAUGGAUCAUCUGAUGUUAACAAACAGACUUUCACUCAGUUGGGUAUUGCUUCAGAAUCGACCGAGGGAAGCUCAACACAACCCAAAACAAAUGAAUUCAAUCAAGUGUUUGAAAAACAUUUACAUAGGAACAGUGAUAUUCGUCAACUGAUCACCAAUGAUGUUGAUUCUCCAGUUAGUGUCAACUCCGAUUCAACAUCAAAUGUACAAUCCAUAGAGCCUGUUGACACCUACAGUUCAGCGGAAAUCGACAAUUUGCUUGGAAACAUUCAAUGGUUUGAUCAAUGGACGGAUUUCAAUAUUGACUUUUAG